AUCCCAGUUAUCAUAAAGUCCCAUAUCGCUUAGAUAUCGCCAAAGCUCUGUUGUUUGCUUGCAUGCAUGUCAUGGCUGGUUUUUGUGACCAUGCCAUAGCCAUGUCCAUGAGCCUUCUCUGCAUGGUUUUUUUCUGUGUUUGCUUUCUUUCUAUAUCAGCUGAGCUUCAGAGGUUUGAACAACCCAUUAAACCCAAUGGCUCCCUAAGCUUUUUGGUGGUUGGAGAUUGGGGAAGAAGAGGAUAUUUCAAUCAAUCUAAAGUUGCUGAUCAGAUGGGGAGGAUCGGGGAGAAGUUGGGCAUAGAUUUUGUGGUCUCUACUGGAGACAAUUUUUAUGAGGAUGGACUCACCAGCAUAAAUGACCCUGUGUUUGAGAAGUCAUUCACCAAAAUCUACUCUGCUAAGAGCCUGCAAAAGCAAUGGUACAGUGUUUUGGGCAACCACGAUUAUAGAGGAGAUGUUGAGGCACAAUUGAACCCAAUUCUUGGGAAAGUUGAUAGCCGAUGGUUUUGUCAAAGGUCCUUCGUUAUCAACUCAGAAAUUGUGGAGAUUUUCUUCGUGGACACAACUCCUUUCGUUGAUAAGUACUUCUUGAGGCCGAAGCACCAUACUUAUGAUUGGAGAGGUGUACUUCCCAGGAAAGAAUACCUCACAAAGCUCUCAAAGGAUCUUGAUUCCGCGUUGGGAGAUUCAACGGCAAACUGGAAAAUUGUCGUUGGACAUCAUACUGUCAGAAGCAUAGGGCAUCAUGGAGACACCAUGGAGCUUGUAAUGCAGCUUCUACCAAUACUAGAGGAGCACAGUGUUGAUAUGUACAUAAAUGGGCAUGACCAUUGCUUGGAACACUUAACAAGCACUAGCAGCAACAUCCAAUUUCUAACCAGCGGAGGUGGUUCAAAGGCAUGGAAAGGUAAUAUCGGCAAAUUCCAAGACCCAGUGAAAUUUUACUACGAUGGGCAGGGAUUUAUGUCAGUUGAACUUAAGCAGGCUGAAGCAAAGAUUGUAUUCUAUGACAUAUUUGGCAAAGUUCUGCAUAAUUUUGAUCUAUCCAAGGAGCUCUACUCCAACAUGUAGAGAUAUAUUCAGAAUAUGAUGAUGUCUCUUAUCUCUAAUAAAUGAAUUUCAUAACUCA